AUGCGCAAUAACGAGAAGGAAGCAAGAGAAAGAUACCCUAGCAAACAAAUCAGGUACAAAUUGUAUUUUCAAUCAAACGAAGAAACUAUUACAGAAAUGAAUUCUCCAGGGGCAGGUGCAGUGGCAGGGACCAAUAAUGCACAACAGCUACCCAGGUUAUUAUGGCACGGUCGGUUCCGGCCGGAAUCCGGCGGCAAAGAACCUGCCGGAACUUGCUGGAAUCGACGAAAACUGUGCCGGAAUCGAGAAGAACUGUACCGAAACCGACUCAGAUUUCAACGGAUCCAGUCGCCGGAAUGA